GCCAAACACUGGCUCAACACGCUUCGGACACAGAGCAGCGUUCUGUCAUGCGGGCCGUACAUAGGUAGAGAUGAGAAUCAUCGGGCGACAGCGUCGCUAACGGCGCGUCCGACCGAUAUCAUGGAAGAACAAGCCCGACUACUGUCUUCGAUGCUCUUUCACAAGCACAGGCAGGUAGAAGUUGCUCUGAACUGCAGUGUCUUAGAGUGGAAGGAAAUGGAGAGGCGCAGAAAACGCAGCUCUGGAGUCAUCAGCAACAGUGCUGAAACAGCACACAGCCAUGCUGUUCAGGUGUGUGAAAUAGUGGCUGUCCUCGACACCAAGGAUGAUCAAGACUACGCAGAGACCAGGAGGAGUCAGAAAAAGGCAAAGCAGCACUCCCAGCUGUACCCGCAUGCAUUCACAGUUUCCUACGUUAGAAGAACGAGGCGGCACCAGUGGCGGUGUAGUGAUGUCACCUUCCACUCUGCCAGCGAGGGCCUCUGCGCGCAGUGGAUCCAAGUUAUCAAUGAGCAACUGUCAUUACUCGCCAGCCGGCCGAAGAGCCUUCUGGUGUACAUCAAUCCCUUCGGGGGAAAGCAACACGGGAGGCGCAUUUACGAGCAGAAGGUGGCUCCACUGUUUGGCCGCGCCUGCAUCUCCGCCGACGUGAUUGUUACAGAGCGGGCCAAUCAUGCCAGGGACCACUUGAAAACCGAGGCCAAUCUAGAUAAAUAUGACGGGGUGGUGUGUGUGGGUGGAGAUGGGAUGCUCAGUGAGAUCCUGCAAGGGUUGGUCACCAGGAUCCAAACAGACAACGGCGUGGACCAGAACCAACCAGAUGCGGAGUUGGUGCCGUGUUCUCUACGCAUAGGGAUCAUUCCUGCUGGGUCCACUGAUUGUAUCUGCUUUGCCACAGUGGGAACCAACGAUCCAGUUACUUCUGCUUUACACAUCAUUGUGGGGGAUUCCCAGCCGAUGGACGUUAGUUCAGUUCACCACGAUGACAUCUUUCUCAGAUACUCCGUCUCGUUGCUUGGCUACGGCUUCUAUGGCGAUGUACUAACAGACAGCGAGAGGAAGCGAUGGCUGGGUCCUGCUAGAUAUGACCUGUCAGGCGUAAAAACCUUUCUGAGUCACAACUACUAUGAAGGCACGAUCUCUUUCCUCCCUGCUGAGAACAACAUGGGGGACCCCAGGGACAAGCUGCAGUGUCGAUCCGGGUGCGGCGUCUGUCAACACAAGCCCUCAUCAACAGACACGCAGUGGGAGAUGUCAGAGGAGAAGGAAAAGUCUGAUAAAGAUGGGAGCAGUGGUUGGAGCGUGAUCCGUGGAAAGUUUAUUGCCAUUAACGCGGCCAGUAUGAGCUGCGCGUGUCCCCGCAGUCCGGAAGGCCUCUCGCCUUCCGCUCACCUCGCUGACGGCACCACAGACCUCAUCCUCGUCAGGAAGUGCUCCCGCCUGGCCUUCCUCAGACACCUUGUCCGACACACCAACAAAGAAGACCAGUUUGACCACUCGUUUGUUGAGGUCCACCGGGUGAAGAAGUUUCGUUUCCAGCCGCGGCACCAUGAGCUGGUUUCACUAGAGGACCCGAUUGAGAGUCCAAAGAAGACAGGCUUCAGUCCCAUAUGCUCGGCCCAAACGACCUGCAACUACAGCACCUGCCGCAGCAGCUGGAGCUGCGACGGGGAGAUCCUGCCUGACGCUGCCAUCCAAGUCAGUGUCCAUUGCCAGUUGAUCAGGCUGUUUGCCCGCGGUAUUGAGGAGCAGCAGCAGUGUUUGUUAGAAGACCCGUGUACACUGUGGGCCGUGGAGCCAAGCACACACUAGUCAGUGGACUGAGAGCUGGGCGGGACAUUCAGCUGCUGGAAAACAAAAACUGAGUUGCACUUGGCACGACUUUCCUGGAAAAAAGACAUAAAUCCCAUCAGUGUGAAUCCCAAACGCUGGCGUCCCAUCCCUCCUCAGUGUAUUUGUUCAAAUGAAACUUGCAGGACGCCCUCUCAAUGCACAAGACGGUGUGGUACAAAAAGCUGACAAGGCUCCCAUUAGUAGCCGUUAAGAGGGAAAAAGGCCCAAGUGAAGAAAUACUAGCUACUGCAUGAUUUGUUGUUACUGAAGAGAUAGUUAUCUCCUUUCAGCCAUUUGGGAUUGUUAUGUGCAAAAUUGCCUAAUGCAGCUUUUACAAACCCAAAAUAUGAUAUGCCAGCGCUGCCAUAUUCAAACCUCGGUUUCAGCUUCUUCUUUUUUUUUUUUUUUAUAUCAGUACUGUUUUUGAAAAUGGAAGAUUUUGAAGCCCAGAGGAUCUCAAGCCGCCAGAUGAACUGGACUGAGCUGGACUCAGCUGGACUCAGCCGCGACAAUCGGUGCUGCCAUGAAGGAGAACACAAAUAGGAUUUCUCCCUGUGUAGCAAAGAGAGACAGCCGAGGAGAUACUACUUGGUGAGAGGGACGAAGAAGAAAGGCCUCUGAAGUACACCGAUAAACUGACAUGAAAUGCCAAAAGAAAAAAAAGAAAAGAGAAUCAUGAAAACUGAUCUUCCCUCUUUUUUGGGAAAAAAACCCCAUCUGUGACCCAGGUGGAAGCAGAUAUGAGCCAGGGGCACUAAUGAAAAGAACUGAAUACCCUGCUAAUACACUAACAGGACCCCGGUGGAUUCUGGGUAAUAAGACAAAGUGGUUGCUAAGUGAUUUGGUGUGUCUCAGCACUGCUGCGGUGCACCUGUGGCUCUAAGCUCUGCUCCUCCCUGGCCAAAAACUACUGACGGUUGACUCAUCACCUGGGAUUAGCCAGAAUUACACAUGGUUAACUGUAUUAAAGAUAAUCUAUUGUGUGGUUUUGAAAUCAGCCCCAUUAGCUCAUUUUCUGUAAAGUCAGACCAUCAGAGAAUGCUACCUCUGCAUUGAUAAAAACUGUUUUAAACCACAUACACAAUAAUGAUACGUGAGGGUAUGUUGUGUGUGUGUGUGUGUGUAGGGUUAAGUGUGUUUUCCACAAUCCCUUUAGGGGCGUGCAAUCAUUGGAGUGUGUGUGCGUUAAUGUAGUUGUGAAUGUGCCAGUGUGAUGAGUUAGCUCUAUCACAAUUAGCCUCAUGACUGCCGUUUUGCAGAUGCUCUCUCACUGCAGCCAACAUGCUGCCGGCACAAGCGCCUAUAGAGGAGCAAAGACAGGCACACACACAUGUUCUGUCUUUCUAUGAUGUUUCUGAUAUUCAUUGUCUUUCUGUGUCUCUCUCUCUCUCACACACACAGACACACACACACACACAGCUUAACUUGUAAUACCAUGAAAGGCUGUUCCUCUCUAUGAAUCCUCUUCAACUAUGUUAAUACUGACUCUGGAGGUCCAUUAUGUUUUCCCUUCAUUGCCCACUUUUGUCAGUUAACAGUAUGAUGUUAAGAGUUGGAUGCUUUUAAAUACUCUACACACACACACACACACACACACUCAAAUGUACACAGAGACACAGAGAAAUUGGGAAGCUUUCAGGUCCGACCAUUUGAAAAAGCUACAUAAUUUAGCAUGUAUGACAGUCGAUGCAAACAAAGUCAAACUGAAUUUUGAAUUCCUACGCACUUUUGUGUGCAUAAACAAACUAUAUUGGUACGGCAGCUGUUGGAAGCUAGCAGGCUAGGAAAACUAGCGUGCACCCAUAGCUUCCACUUGGAAAGCUGACGCUAGUUAGCUUAGCUUGCUAACGUUAGAACUGAUUCCCGGACAUUACUUAUUUUUAUGCUAUUUCAGUAGCUGCCGAGUGCCUACAGUCGUACUUGAUUUGUUAGCAAAAAUAAUUCUUAGUUUCAGUUCGACUUUAAAGUGUUUAUGCAAUCUUGCUGCUCGAGUCAACACACUGUGAUGUGAGUAGAUGCGUGAUUAGUUUUUGAAAAUAUUCAAUAAAGUGCUUUUGAAAUAUG